AUGGAUUUCACUUUCUUCGCCAUAGUUUUGUUACUUGCACAAGGGGCAACAGCAGAUGUUGAAAGGGGCGUUAUAGGGGCGAUAGUAGAUUACAGCUCUCGCUUCGGCAAGGAGCAGAAAGUGGCGAUGGAGAUGGCGAUCGAGGAUGUUUAUUACGACAAGACAGGCCAAAGUUGUGGUUUGCACAUGAACACUUCUCAAAGGGAACCUUAUCAAACAGUUGUUGCAGCUUGGGACCUUAUCAAUAAGCAAAAAGUGAAGGCAAUUCUAUUACCACACACAUGGGAAGAAGCUUCUCUAGUUGCAGAGAUUGGUAACCAAGCUAAAAUCCCAGUUCUUUCUAUUGCCGACUCAACUCCCCUUUGGGCAACAAAGAGGUGGCCCUUCCUGCUUCAAGCUUCGCCAGACCAGAAUGCACAAAUGAAAGCCAUCGCUGCAAUUGUUGACUCUUGGGAAUGGCAUCAGGUCACUAUAAUAUACGAAGACAUUGACUCUUUCCGCAGUGGAGUCAUACCUUAUCUUAUUGAUGCCAUACGAGAAAUAGGAGCAGAAAUAAGCAAUCUUGUAGCCCUCUCACCAUUUGAUUCUUCUUCAUUGUCUACAGAGCUUGAAAGCCUUAAAGGUGAACAAUGUAGAGUAUUUUUGGUUCAUCUGUCCCUGCCAUUGGCUACGCAAUUUUUUGUGAAGGCUAAAGAAAUGAAUAUGAUGGAGAAAGAUUAUGUUUGGAUAACUACAAAUCCCUUUACAAGCCUUAUCCAUUCCCUCAACGCCUCCAUCAUUUCUUCCAUGCAAGGAACUAUAGGUGUCAAAAGCUACUACCCCCAAAAAGAUCCCCAUUUUCAAAACUUCCAUACUAGCUUUCGUAAAAGGUUUAGCUUUGAAAAUCCAGAAGAGGACAACCAUGAACCUGGGACUUCGGCUAUGCAGGCCUAUGAUGUUGUACGGACAGUGUGUUUAGCAAUGAGGGAAAGAAGCAAUGGCGACCAACAAUUGUUAGAUAAAAUUAUGCUGAGUAAGUUUAAUGGCUUAGGUGGCAACGUUCAAUUUAUUGACGGAAAAGUAGCUCCUACACAAAUAUUUCAGAUCAUCAAUGUGAUUGGAAAGAGUUAUAAUGAACUUGGGUUCUGGUCAUAUGGAAAGGGUUUCUCAAAGACAAUUGAUAAGAGAGCUCAAUACAAUACUUCUAUGAGCAGCCUGGGGCAGGUGUUUUGGCCAGGUGGGCCUCGAACCACUCCAAGAGGAUGGACUCCUCCCUCAAACGCUAAUCCAUUGAGAAUUGGUGUGCCGACCCGAUCGAGUUUCAAACAAUAUGUGAAUGUCGAACUUGAUCCCUUAACAAACAUUACAAAUUAUACAGGAUUUGCAAUCGAUCUAUUCCAAGAAACCGUUGCAAGCUUGCCAUUCUACCUGCCAUACAAUUUAUCUCCCUUUGAUGGAAAUUAUGAUGAAAUGGUGGAGCAGGUUUAUUUAAAGAAAUUUGAUGCGGUAGUUGGUGAUGUGGCCAUAGUGGCGAAGCGAUAUCAACAUGUAGAAUUCACUCACCCUUACACAGAAUCAGGAUUGGUAAUGAUAGUUCCUGUUCGCACACAAAACAGCAACAGAGCAUGGCUCUUCGUGAAGCCCUUCACAAAAGCCAUGUGGGUACUCGUAGGAGCCAUCAGUGUCUACAACAGCUUUGUUGUGUGGUUGAUAGAGCGAAAGCACCGCCCUGAACUCAAAGCUUCCUUUUUCAUUCAAAUGGGUGUCGUGCUUUGUUCAGCCUUCACAACUUUAUUCUCCUUACAAGGCGGAAAACUACGUAGCAAUCUAUCACGGAUGACAAUGAUGGUGUGGCUAUUUGUGGCACUGGUCCUCACGCAAACGUAUGUGGCUAACCUCACCAGUAUACUCACGGUGCGACGGCUUGAACCCACAGUAACUGAUGUUGAGUCCCUGCGGAAUGGCAAUGCAAUGGUUGGAUACUGUAUUGGAUCAUUUGUGGAAAAUUAUUUGGUGGAAGUCUUGAACUUCCACCGGAGCAACAUCAAGACUUAUGACUCCGUCCAAGAAUAUGCCGACGCACUUAGAAGCCAUAAAAUAGCAGCAGUCUUUCUUGAAGCUCCUUUAGCCAAAUUAUUUCUUGCUAAAUACUGCAAAGAGUUUAUCACAUCUGGACCGACUUACAAAGUUGGAGGAUUCGGAUUUGUAUUUCCGAGGGGUUCUCCGCUGCUUCCUCAUGUAACUAAAGCACUACUAAACGUAUCUGAGAGUGGCAGGUUACGAUAUUUAGAGAACAACAUGAUUGCAUCUGAGAAGUGUUCAGAUGGGGAGUUGGUUGAUGAGAUGUCUAGACUUAGCCCUAGUAGCUUUUGGGUUCUUUUCAUGUUUACAGGAAGUACAUCAACAGUUUCUCUUUUGGUCUAUGUUGUCUGUAACAAAAGGUUUGGACAUAAAAUCAUCCGGAGACUCGCGUUGGUUGUAAUGAGACGUUGGUGGCAUCAUGAUCAGAAGACUUUCCCUCGUAAAGUGCAUGAUAAAAUAUAG